AUGUCAACCGUAAACAUUCGAAAUCCAAUACGUUGCUUCUGUUCUUUUUUGGCUAAACAUACAGAUAAUAACAUUUAUGUUUGUGGUCGUUACAAAUCUGAUAGUAUGGUUUGUUUAUUUCAUUUACACGAUGAAAAUAUUGAACACUAUUACCAAAAAGGUCUAUUGUCAUUGUCUCUCGAUUGUGAAAUGUGUUUGGCAACACUUAAAAUACAUUCAAAAGAAUAUAUUGCUCCAUGUCGUUUAACAUCGAUCCGAUGUUAUUGUGGGGAUGAAGCAACUUUUUAUCAAUCACAAAGAGAUAAUUUCAAUAGGAAUUCCUAUUUUUUCGGAUGCCCAAAUUGGCGAAGCAAAAGAUGUGAUUUUUUUUCAUGGGCACGUGAAUAUCAAACACUACGUAACCCAGAAAUCUUAUGUCGUUUGAUGCCUCAAUCAAUAUCAUCCCAACAAUCAUUGAAAAAUGUUUCCGAUCAAGAUCAUGAAGAAAUACCAAACAAGUUGGAAUGUGUUGUGUGUUUAUCAGCUGAAAAAUCCUGUCUAAUAUAUCCAUGUAAUCAUUUCUGUUGUUGUACAGAAUGUGCUCUGAAAAUUGGAAAACAAUGUCCUAUGUGUCGCGGCUGUAUUCAAUCUAUUCAACAAAUUUUUUUCGUUUAA